CUGGUACACGUGUAACAGCUGAUCCGGAUUUAAGGAUGUAUAUGAAGUGUUUGUGCCUGAUUUUGAGCGUCUUUGUUGGACAUGUGGCCUUACAUGAAAACCGCCCACCAGGGAUUCCUCCGCUCAACACCCAACAGCAAGGACAUCAACAUGGGGCACAACAAGGUCAACAGCAAGCAUUUGCCAACCAAGGUCAGCAGGCGCAACUGAACCAGGGUCAACAAGCUCAGUUCCAGGCUGGUCAACAGCAGAAUCUUCAGGCCACUGGUCACUACCAGGAUGUUAAUGUCCAAGAAAUGCAACAGGGUGUUCCAUCGGGCAGUGGUAUGGGACGCCAUGCAGGAGGAUUUAGGCAGAAAGAGCAGGUCCACAAUGCAGAGCACAUAAGGGAGCAUUUGAAGGAAGUGAUUGACAAACCAAAAGACGAAAUGACAGAAGAAGAGUUAGAAUUUCAUUACUUUAAACUACAUGAUUAUGAUAGCAACAACAAAUUAGAUGGAACUGAGAUCACCAAGGCCAUUACUCAUUUUCAUGACGAAAAUGAACAAGGGACCCCGGAAGAGCAAGCAGCAAAUAAAAAAGUGUUUAGUGACGAAGAACUGAGCAACAUUGUAGAAAUGGUUCUCAAAGAGGAUGAUUUAGAUAAGGACGGUUAUAUUACCUACACCGAGUUCGUUAAGGCUCAACGAAAAGCACAAGGGACCGAUAAGUUAUAGAGAGUGUUUUCAUAGGCCUAAAAUGAUCUGUUGGAAAUGUUGACAUGGUGUAUCGUAUGAGUAUUUAGUUUAUUCCAUCAAUUCAUGGAAUCAUUUCAAAAGCCUUAUAUUGUCGAUUUUGUUAAUCUUUAAUUUUCUUUUUGUUUUCCCCUUUAAUUUUGUAAAUUUCUUCAAUAUUUAUAUCCACAGACAAUGUCAGUAUUUGACUUUUCAUAUAAAAUAUUACAUGGAUCUUUUCCCUUCUUCUGGUAUUUUAAUGAACAACAGGUAUGCUGGUUCAGCUUAAGGGAAAUUGCGCUUGUUUCGAAUCUAAAAGGAAAGUUAAUUGUAUGGUUUAUUACUGAAUAGGAAAGUAUAACACUCAAAGCACCAGAAUUCUCCUGGCAGCACUACAAGAUAUAGCCAAUCCCAUAGAAUGGUUACAAUAUUCUUCAAUGAUCAACUAAAAUCUGUAUUUUCUAACAAUCAGUAAAGGUUUUAUUUCGUCACAAAAUGAAGUUGUUGAUCACUGCCGAAUACCAAAAUGCGCACCGGGAUUGAAAAUGGACAUAUAUUGCAUUUAAGUAUUUUUUAACAAUGUCUCAUUUCAAAUAUACAACUUUUCUUUGGCAUAUAUUGAAAACAUAGUGUUAGUUUAGAGAUUGGACAUUUUAAUAGAUGUAGUAAAUUUGGAUACAAAUUGUUGUUAAUGUUUUAUAGAAAUUUGUACAUUUUUUUAAUGUUUAUUUUUUCUGCCGAAUUGUUUGAAACCAAAUAAAUAAUUUACCUGGAACUCAUUUUCACAACACAGGGCAGGGUGAUAGAAAUCCAUUCCUUUCACUAGUGAUGUACAGAGUGUGCCGGUGUAACUGCGUGUGUAUUUAUACUCAUCUAGUGCUUUAUAUUACCUACUCUGCUAUCAUCUUAUAUUUAGCUUUAAACAACCUCAGAUUUGAGUUUUUGAGGUGAAUUAAAAUAAUGUACUUAGAUAUAGUUGUUUCAGUUCGGGAUUUACUCUCGUAACAAAUAUAUGAGAAAAAUACACGAACCCCAAACAGGUGAUUGAAGAACGAUUGAUAAUUUUAUAGGAUGAACUAGUCAAAUUUGUUGAUACAAAUUAAGCUUAUUUACUUGUUGACAAUUUUAUUUUCGGUCACACAAAGUGUUUACAUAUUAUUUAUAUAUGGUAAAUGUCCUGCGAUACAUUUUGCAGCGUCUACUAGAUUGACGAAAAUGGAGAACAGUUGUUGAAAGGCCAGGACAAAAUUGUGUUCAAAUUUAUAUUCAACAUUUCUGUUGUGAUUUUCAUCGUUUCCCUGGAGUUGAAAUGGACAUGAUAUCUUCUUUAUGAAUGUGGUCACAUAUUUUGUGUGUAUAAGUGUAAACUGUAAAACGUGUCAUUAUUGAUGUCAUAGUUUAUAUGUAGAAAAAAAACUACAUGAAUAUAUUGAUUUAAGAAUGAGUGAACGUUAAUGAUAUAUUUGAUAAAAAGGCCUUGAUAAAUAGCCGUUUACUUAUUUAAAUCUUUGUCCUUGUUUCCAAUAUAUAAUUAUGGUUUCUGUCGAAUGAAUAUUUGUCUGUAAUCAAUGUAGUUUUUUUAUUAUGACAAUAAUUCAAACAGAGACUGUGUUAUUUUAGUUAAACCUAUCUUGCUUCUUUCAAACUUACAUGACUGUAUAGUUUAUGUACACUAUUGAACGUACGAAUCACGGUUGAUUUGAUUAAAAGGAUCUCGAUGAAGCGGAAUCUCGCUAGCCUUUUCCACCUCUUUCGUAUGAUAUGUAAUUAGGCAAAUCUGUAUUACCGGUCGGGACUAAAUUUCAGGAUGUGAUUGUUUUGGUACCUUGCCAUGAAAUCACAAUAUUUCUACCAUAACUUCAAUGAUGUUUUUGGACAAACAAGUUACAUUGAAUAUAUCCCCCGCCUCUCACAUUCCAUAUUUGGAUGUAUGUGCGUGUACGUAUGUUUGUGAUGGUGGUAGCUCAGUCUGGUUGUAUACAAGUUUGUGAAUUCAGUAAAUAAAUCGGAAAGUAUUUUAUUACUCAGAAAA